CCGAUUCCCCUUUUCUUGCACGAUCCCUUUCUGCAUAUUUUUUCCCUCAGCUUCUUGUUCAAGUUCCCUGGAAUUCAAGUUCCCUGGAAUAUCAUCUCUUUCGGAGAAACGGAACUUUAAUCUUGCUCCUCCAAUCUCUUCUCCCUUCUUCUACCUCCUCCUCCUCCUCCUGGACUCAGCCGAGAAAGCCUUUUUCCAGAAGAAUGUCCAGCCUUUGCAAAAUGAGCCAAAUUAAAGGAUUCUUUUUUGUGCUUUGGAACUUGACAGUACUUUGCAAAUUCUGCUUAAAUGCUUUGCCACAGAAACCUGAAAACAUUUCUUGCAUUUAUUAUUACAAUGACGAUCUUAAUUGUAGCUGGGCUUCUGGAAGAGAAAUACCCAAUGGUACAAACUGCAGUGUUACCAUAGUCAGGUACUUCAGCAAUGGGAGCAAAACAGCAAAUGACAAAAAUGGUACAAUGAAAAAUGGUUCAUGUAUAGCAAAAUACAUUCCAUCUAUGAGUUAUGUUACACAAGUCAAAGUACAACUCUUUGGAGAAGAAGCAUUCAGCUUGACUCCCCAGCGUGUGAACCACCUAUUGAAACCUGAUCCUCCUGAAAUAGUGAAAGUAAAAGGGAUGAAGGAAAUGUUAAGAGUUGACCUGAGAAGAAACCCAGAAGAACCAAAUUUUGAUCCUUUUAUGUGCCAGAUUCGGUACCAAGCCACAACAAAAAAUACUUCUGCCUACGCCAAUGUCCAGAUUAAAAGAGUAGAGACAGAAAAAUCUUUAAAUCUCACUGGCCUGUGGAAUUUUACAAAUUAUACAGUUGCUGUUCGGUGUAAGGUUAAUGGGUUUGGUCAAUGGAGUGACUGGAGCAACAGAGUAACAAAGAGAACGGAAGAACAAGCUCCUUUGAAAGUAGACUUAUGGAGAGUAAUUGAAACUUAUCCUAAUGGAACCAGAAAUGUGCAUCUUUUGUGGAAGAUACAUAAAGAAUUCCCAUCUUCAGGAAUAAUAACUGGCUAUACAGUAAAAUACAUUGCAGAACGUGUCAACACUACUUUUGAAAAAAAAUACAAUCAGAAUGAGCCUGUCAUUCUCAGCCUGACGGAGGAUGCCUAUACUAUCAGUUUUACUGCUCAUAACAGUGCUGGAGAUUCUCCUGAAGCUACUAUUAGAAUUCCAUCAAAACAUGAAGAAACUAUAGAACAAAAAAGAAUUACUCGUCUGAAGGCUUCUGCUUUACAAGACAAAAUGGUUUUGACAUGGGAUUCAACAAAUUCAGGAAUAAACAGUUAUAUUAUAGAAUGGCGUGAUGCGUUGGAGAAAGGUGCAAACAAGCGAUCUUGGCAUAGGAUAACAAAUGUCACAGAAUGGACUUCCCCCAAAGGAAUCUUUAAAGACUAUAGAUACUAUACUUUUUCAGUAUACCCUUUAUGUAAAGAUGAAAUAAAAAAACCAACUUCCAUCAGUAUCUACUUCCAUGAAAGUGUCCCAUCUACAGGCCCUCAGGCUGAAGUGAAAAAUACCGGUAAAGAUUAUGCUAUCAUAACAUGGAAAGAAAUUCCAGAAGCAGACAGAAAUGGUGUGAUUAUUAACUAUACUAUAAUUUAUGAAGAAGGCAACAAACGUUUUGAAGAAACUGUGGACAGCAGUAUCCUGAAGUACAACCUGAAGUCUUUGCAGCCCAACACCAAUUACAGAGCUUGGAUUAAGGCAAACACCAUCAUUGGAGGAACAAAGGGAAAUGAAAUGUACUUUUUUACUAAGCUAUUUAAUACAACAGACAUUAUUCCUGCAAUUGUCUUCAUUGGAAUAUUCAUGACAUGCUUCUUAAGUUUUGGACUAUUAUGGGCUCUAAAAUAUAAAACGAUAAAACGAAUAUGCUGGCCUCAGAUUCCACAUCCUGUAAUAGCAAGUUGUCCUGCUAUAUCUGAGAAAAUCAUAUUGGGGAACUCAUCUUCUGAGGAUGACAUCAAUAUUUUGAAACUGGAUACUUGCAGGGAGAAUGAGUUGCCAUUGCUGAAUCCUGAAAACUGCUUCAAACAAGCAAAUGUUACUGCAAAAAUUGCCGUUGCUGGUCAAGAGACUUUCUACACUGGAGAAUACAAAGCUCUAGAUUGCUUUCUUCCAGGAUCAUCGUUGAACCAUGACUUCAGCAAUCAACCACUUCUAACUACGAAAAGGGAUUCUGAAAGUUCUGCAAAAGAAGAAAUGCAGUAUCAGGAAAAUUUUCAGGAGAAAAAUGAAUUUAAUUCAUAUUUGAAAAACUCUGUUUGUUCAAGAGAGUUCCUGGAUUGCGAGACUGUAGGACAAAAUACGAAAGAACCUGAAACCAAAGCUUCUUCUUUGGCCUGUUGUAGUGCUGAGGGUCCUUAUGUAGCACCAGAUACAGUUAAAUUACUCUCAAAGUGUUAAUUACAAAUAAUAAAAAAAAAAACUUAUGGGAUAUCCUGCUUAUAACUGCUGUUUUAUUAAAUAGUAAGCAUGUAAGUCCUGCAUAGUUUUUUAAAAUUAUUGUAUAAAUUUGUUUCAGACUUGAUUAUUAGGAGGUAUAAAAUAUUCACAGCAUGGGUCCAUGUUUCAUGUUUGCCCUGUUUCCUAAUAAAAUAUAAUGAUGUUGAAAAGGAAAAAAAAUGGUCUAAGUAACUUUGGAUAUAGAGGAAAAUGCUGUUAGGAGUUGAAUAAUAUCCACACGUCCUUACUUUCUGACCCAAAAAGCUAGUUAACCAAUUGGUUAAGGAAACAGGCUAGAAGCUAAGAGACCAUGAGUUCUAGUCCUGCCUUGGGGCCAGUCAUUCUCUCUCAGCCCAGCCCAUCUCAAAGGGUUGUUGUGGAGAAAAUAGAAAGAAGGAAUAAUAAUAGGUAUGUUCACUGCCUUGUGUUAUUUGUAAAGGAAUAAAAGCAGAAUAAAAUCUAAUAAAAAAAUAAAAUAUAUUUGUUGGAUAUGCUUUUGCUGCAAAUACAGUCAAAGCUAUGCCUUCUUACAUUUAUUUUGUUUCAUUACUCUGAUCUAGUAAAGAGCCUUGGUGGCGCAGCAGACUAAAAACUGCUGUUAAAGUAGUACUUAGCUGCCAGCUGCCUGCAAUACUGCGAGUUCAAUUCUCACCAGGCUCAAGGUUGACUCAGCCUUCCAUCCUUCCGAGGUAGGUAAAAUGAGGACCCGGUUUGUGGGAGCAAUAAGCUGACUUUGUAUAAAAUAGAACACCGCUUAGGGGAGGCCAAAAAGCCCUACUAAGCAGGUAUAUACAAAAGUAUGAAGGCUAUUGCUUAAAGCAUUGUAAGCCGCCCUGAGUCUCCGGAGAAGGGUGGCAUAUAAAUCGAACUAAUAAAUAAAUAAAUAAUUGCAGAUCUCAAAUAUGUCACACAUGGAGGGGAAAAUGAAGUUACACAAUUGUCAAUCAAAACUAUUGAAUGUGUUAUACAGAUUGAUAUAAAGGUGAUGUAGAAAUAAAAAUAAAUGUAUCAUAUCUAUUUGUAUUCAGUGGUUGAAAUAUUUUUAAUCUAUCAAAACCUAUAAAAAAAAAUAUGUAAAACUAAAAAGGUCACUUUAAAGAGUUCAUAUUAAAGAAACACCGAGAUGACACACGGAAGGACUGAUGUAUUAUAUGUUUGUUUGUCUUAAAAAAUAAAAAAACUUUUUA